AUGGUUCGGACAAUUCACGAGCAGUGUUCAUUCGUGCUGGCGAAUUGCGAAGCGUUCAGCGGUAAUGCAGUUUCCUUCGAUGGUGCGAAGAUUCGUUUUGCAAAAAUCGUUUUGCUGCUACCAACACUGUCGUUAAUACCUGUCGAUGCUGUUAUUCGCUCGUUCUUUGCCUCUGAUCCCGCCGAACAAAUCAAGCAAGCAUAUCAAAUCAAUGCUUCGUGA